CCUCAUGACCUUGAUUAUCUGUCCGCCUUGCUUAUGGGCCUUGCCCUUCUAGUGCCUCUCCUGCCCUCUGUCAAGCACCUUCGAGGUCCAGUUGUGGGGCAGGGAGCAGUGGCCAGGAAGGAUCUGACCCCUUUGGCCAGGCACAGCGACAGGUGGGCUGAAAGAUGAACCACUAAACAUGAUCCUGAGGGCAGGGCUGGAGCGGCUCAGUUUCAGCCCCUCGGGUGCGAGCAUGACUGCGCAGCUUUAUAUAGCUCUGCCGGCCCUAUAUAAGAAGGUGCCCUGGCCAACGGGAGCAGGGAGAGCACUGUGGCGGCGGUGCUGGAGGUCACCGUCAGUCAGAAGAGCCUGCACACGGUUCAGGUCCGUGCACCUUCCUUCCUCGAGCAGGAGGGUCCCCACAGGGGUGGCCCAAACCAUAGCUGCCAGGAUGCCCAGCAGAACAGCCCGCUAUGCCCGCUACAGCCCAAGGCAACGGCGCCGGAGGCUCCUGGCUGAUCGCAGCGUGCGCUUCCCUAAUGACGUCCUGUUCUUGGACCACAUCCGCCAGGGCGACCUGGAGCAGGUGGGGCGCUUCAUCCGGACUCGGAAAGUCUCCCUGGACACCAUCUACCCCUCAGGCCUGGCGGCCCUUCAUGAAGCAGUGCUUUCUGGAAACCUUGAGUGUGUGAAGCUGCUAGUCAAAUAUGGGGCAGACAUUCAUCAGCGAGACGAGACAGGCUGGACACCCCUGCACAUCGCCUGCAGCGACGGAUACCCUGAUAUAGCCAGGUACCUCAUUUCCCUGGGGGCAGACAGAGAAGCGGCGAAUGACGAUGGAGAUCUGCCUUCAGACCUCAUUGACCCGGAAUUCAAAGACUUGGUGGAGCUAUUCAAAGGGACUAAGAUGGACUGAGCCCAGCCCUGCCCUCCCAGGGCGCUAGCCCUGCCUGGAGAAGUCAGGUGCCCAUCUCCCCCGGAUGCCAGGAGUGCCCCACCAGCGGGGCUAUGGGCCGGCCAGACUGGCCAGGAUCCCACACCUGGGUAAAACCCCUCCCCUCUCCCAACCGCGGCCUGGCUUUUACUUCGGGUGAAUUUUUUUUUUUAUUGCUAUACUUUUUACUUUUUCAAUAAACGUGAUUCCCAA